AUGGGAUGGUUUGAAGGAUAUGAGAGGAAAUUUUGUAAGAUGGUGGGAAGGGAUAUUAGGAGCGAUAACAAGGGAGCAAGGACAGGAGCAUAUAGCGCUGACUGUUCGACACCUGUCAAUAUCCUAUGGCAAAUAUGGAAGGCACGGAACAGGACAGCUUUUGAUGCAUAUGACACAGACCCAAGGAAAACAAUGCAGAAAGCUGUGGGCGAGUGGAAUGAGUAUAUAGAAGCGCAACAAGAUAUAACAGGAGAGUUCAUUCAACAAACAAUAAACUCAAACAGAAGUAAGAAAUGGAGGCCACCAUCAAGAGGUAUGAUAAAACUAAAUACUGAUGCUGCAUUUUCACAAAAUUUGGAGAGAACAGGCAUAGGUGUUGUGGCCAGAAAUGCUGAAGGAGAGCUGAUGAAAGUUUGGGCAAGAGCUGAACUAAAACGUAGUGAGCCACAGGUGGAGGAAGCAGCAGCAAUUAGGAUGGGAAUGCAAAUAGCCUGGAAAGCAAACUGGAGGGCAAUUGAGCUCCAAUCAGACUGCAAAGAGGUGGUGGACAUGAUAAACAAGAAAAAAAAAAAGCAGCAAAACAACAUCGUGAUCAUCUUGGAGGAUAUAGCAAAUAUGAGAUGUUUGUUUGAACAAUGUACUUUCUCUUUUGUGCAUAGAGAUGGGAAUAGAUGUGCACAUAGUGUAGCAAAAUUUGCUGUAAAGCUAACAACAAAUGUUGAAUGGGAUGUAUGUUUUCCCAUGUGGCUCCAAGAGGAAGCCCAAAAUGACUUCAGAGGAAGCGAAUCUGAUGUACCUAAGUCUUGUAAUAUCAAGUUUACAAAAUGA